AUGGCCUGGGCAUUAGAUGAAGCUGUGGAACAGCUUGAGAGUGUUGCAAAUCUGCCUCCAAAGCAGCGGCAUACCAACGUUGCGGAGCUGGUGAAAGUGAUAGUCUCAUCUGCCUUUGAAUCCGGGCUGGACGUAGACACACUGAACCGUAUCCUGAACGUCAUCGUGUCAUCUCGACACCUUGACCAGUCGACUGUGACUUCAAUAAUAAAAAAUCUUUACCCUGCUGAAAGAGUUCCAUCAACAACUGUUUCGAGAGUGAUUUGCUCCUUGGGAGCUGCAAAAUCCAAGCCGUCUCCAGCCACGCAAAAUUUACUGCUGAGAUGGCUUCUACUGGUUUACGAUAGCCUGAUGAGCCAGGCUCAUCUGGGGAAAUUCUAUAGCGUCCUCUUCGAUAACUUGGAUAUGAUUAGUUUGCGCCGCCCGAUUUGUCAUAUCCUCUCGCUCAUCACUCGGAGGAAACACAUUAAGCCAUUCCGUGUUUGGGCUCUCUUGGAGCUUAUCCGGAACACGGGCGGUGAUGAAAGAGAGCUCUGGGGACUGCUACGAGUGUAUAAAAGCUACUAUCCUGACAUUAUCAUUGAUGAUACGGCGAUCCCUCGCCGGCGAGCAACCUACUUUUUCAAACAUCCGGACCCGGAAUGGACCGCACACAUGAAAAUGCUUCAGGAGAGAGCUGCAAAUUCUGCUCCCCAGUCUGCCCCAGAAGCCUUCCAGACUAUUCGUCGAGAUGGUGUCAAAAGGAGUCGGAUUGAGGUUGUUAUUCCCGUUCCUAAAACUUCCCGAGUCCGACCCGGUUUUACUUCUCUAGAAGAACUUAGCAAUGUGCGGGAUUUCGUCAACAAACUGGACAAAAUUGAACUUCCGAAUCAGAUAGCCUCUGCUUUAAUAGAGCCCCUGAAUCAGAAAUUCUUGCUUCUGGCGCAGAAUAAGGAAGCACUACAGAGGAUGGAAAGCUGGCUUACAAGUUUCUUCGAAGAUGAACUGGAUCAACUGAGAGAAGAAAACAGCUCAUCAGAAGAACUGGCAUUUGUCCUGGAUAACCUAGUACGGUAUGUGAGAUAUACAAAGGUCUUUCCUAGCUGUGUUGAAAAGUUUCUCCAAAAUUACUUGCUGGUAUGGGAUGGGACAAGCCAUCGAGCAGCGAUGAUCAAUCUGCUAGAAUAUGCGCCUAUGCGUGAUCACCUUUAUCAACAAUAUUUUGUCAGCGUGGAGAAUGCGAUUCUGGACAACUCCAUAGAGUCCAAGAGUCUGGUUCUCCAGUAUUACACGCUACUUCCGCCUCCAUCCGCUUCAGAUGCCAAGUCAGUCAAGGACUACUGGUCCUCUAGCUCACCUGUCCUUUGGUUUUACAUACAGCUGGCCGAGUUAUACCUUCAUGCUCCGACUAACCAUCUGAUACGGCUAAAUACCCCUCCUCCUGAGAGUGUAUACCUCCUGGCUUUCACUCCGGUUCUCAGCCAUAUGUCGUUGAUGAGCAAUGUGAUAGCAAUCUAUAAAUCUUCCUUUGAAGAGUCACUAGCAACUACAGCUUCUGCAGAUGGUUCUUCCAGAAAGCCAUACCCAGAUGCUGUGGUAACCAGCCUCAAUGGACAUGUCCUAGACAUCUGCAACCUAUUAUGGCGGAACAGAGGGUUAAAUAGCGAUGAGCCUAAUGCCCUAGGCUGCCUUGUGAGAAGCGAAGUAGUUGAAUUGCUCACCGAAUAUAUCCAGGAAGUCGGCGAGGACCUAGCGAAAAAAGGUAAAAAUGGUGGUAUUUACAGGCUGCGGCUUGCAUCUAUAUUUUCCUUGAGCCAUCAUGCCGCGUUGUGUGGCAUGUCGGCAAUGUGUUUCAGAAAUCUAGAGUCUAUGGCUGAAAAGGAUGGAGAAGAGAUACUGGCACGGUUAACGUGGCCGGUGACCCAAAAGGCGCUGAAUGCUCUACAUAAAGCCGGGGGUAUCAAGGUCGACUGGCAAGAGUAUCGGCUGAAGAUGCUUGAAUGGCUGGACAAGCAUGGAUCGGAAGGAAUUGGUCGAUUAAUGAGAAGUUCAAUGAUGACCCUGAGACAAAGAUAG